UGGGCGGCGCCUCGUGUCUUGACAGACCGCUGGCGUUGCCUGACAGAAUGGUUUGCAGAUAAAGGAGUUCCCCCCCAAUCAGUGAUUAUUCGUGAACAGAACACGAAUUUGGUCAACUUCGAGAAUACACAUAUUUCAGACUGCAACAGAGUACCAGAGGAAUCAUCAGUGCAGAAGUUCAAGGAGGCGUACCGUCAACACUAGGGUUCAGGAUCUUUAAUCUUCCGUUUCUCCAUCAUUUUGUGCAGCGACUGCCACUGAGUGGAGGUGAAUAAGCAUACAGCCCGACCAUGCUCACAUCACGGGGAGAUUCAGAGUGUAGAACACGCAGAAGCCUCGGUGUAGGAAGGGUUGCCUCGUGACUGGCCACCCUCAAGCGAGAGGGAAAGAGAUCGACAAGUCACUGCGACAGACCGGGAACGACUAGGAAAGACAAAAUCCACCUUUAAAGCCAGCCCAGCUUCUCAAACCUCCGUUCCUUUCCCCAUUCCUAUCCGAGGCGAGUUACUGUAUGUACGCACCUCUGCCUGGAUUGAAACGGCAGUGAGUGAGGCACGCCGGCCCCGGGGUCCCCGCGCUUCGUUGAGAGAAUCGCUGAAAUGAGAUGAGGCUCAGAAAUGGAACGGUUGCCACUGCUAUCAUUUUCUUCACGUCGUUUCUCAGCCUGUCUUGGUACACAGCCUGGCAGAAUGGCAAAGAGAAGUUGGUAGCGUACCAGAGGGAGUUCCAUGCCCUGAAAGAGCGCCUCCGUGUGGCUGAGCACCGGACCCUGCAGCGCUCCUCAGAGCUCAACAACAUCCUGGAGCAGUUCAGACGGGCCAUCGCUGAGACCAACGGCAGCAAGGACGCUCUCAUCAACUUCUCAGAUGAGACACAGAAGUUGCUGAAGGAGCUGGCCAGUAGGAAGCCCCUUCAGGUGCCGAACAUCUACCACCAUAUGCCUCACCUGCUCAACAAUGAGGGCAGUCUGCACCCCGCUGUCCAGGUGGGCAUGGGCCGCACUGGAGUCUCCAUGGUGAUGGGUAUUCCUACCGUAAAGCGGAAAGUGAAGUCGUACCUGGCCGAGACUCUGCACUCGCUCAUCGACAAGCUAUCACCUGAGGAGAAACUCGACUGUGUCAUCAUAGUCUUCGUUGGAGAGAUGGACACGGAAUACGUCCAUAGCGUGGUUACUGGACUGGAGAAAGAGUUUUCUACAGAGUUCAGUUCAGGUCUGUUGGAGCUGAUCUCUCCUCCUGCCAGCUACUACCCAGAUCUCAAAGAACUCAAGGAGACUUUUGGAGACUCCAGAGAGCGGGUCAGAUGGCGGACCAAGCAGAAUCUGGACUAUUCCUUCCUCAUGAUGUAUGCUGUGAGCAAAGGAGUCUACUAUGUCCAGUUGGAGGAUGACAUUGUGGCCAAGCCCAACUACUUUGCCACCAUGAAGAACUUUGCCUUGCAGCUCUCCUCCGAGGACUGGAUGAUCCUCGAGUUCUCCCAGCUCGGCUUCAUCGGUAAGAUGUUCCAGGCUCCAGAUCUCAAUCUGAUCGUAGAGUUUAUCUUCAUGUUCUAUAAGGAGAAGCCCAUUGAUUGGCUACUGGACCACAUCCUCUGGGUCAAAGUGUGUAACCCGGAGAAAGACGCAAAGCACUGUGAGCGGCAGAAGUCGAGUCUGCGUGUGCGGUUCAGGCCUUCUCUCUUUCAACAUGUGGGGCUACACUCCUCUCUGGCUGGAAAGAUCCAGAAACUCACUGAUAAGGACUUCCUGAAACCCUUGCUCCAUAAAAUCCACGUGAACCCGCCUGCUGAGGUGUCCACGUCUCUCAAGGUGUACCAGGGCCACACGCUGGACAAGACCUACCUGGGAGAAGACUUCUUCUGGGCCAUCAACCCUACUGCUGGAGACUACGUCCUCUUCAAGUUCGACAGGCCCGUCAGCAUAGAGAGGUUCCUGUUCCGCAGUGGGAACCAGGAACACCCUGGGGACAGGAUAGAGAACACCACCGUAGAGAUAUUGCCCUUCUUGGAAACUGGACCAAAGACUAAAGAGAAGUACAAGCGAACUGAAGACCGCUACUACAAAAUCGGUCAGUUUGAGAAGGGUGUGGCAGAGGGGGCUGUAGACGCCUCCUUCAACCCGGUGGUGGCGCUGCGUCUCUCUGUCAUCAAAGACUCUGCUGUCUGGGCCAUCCUCAGCGAGAUCCACAUAAAAAAGCUACCAGGCUGACAUAAGGCGGGGGGCCACAAUCCUGGUCCCCGGCCCCGGGGUGCUCGCAGACGCGCCUAACACUUGCUGACCAGGGGCCCUCUGGCAACCAGCAGUGACAUCCUCAGAGCUCACCAGAGCCACUACUCUCAGGGCUUCUGUCUGAGGACACUCAUUCAAUCUGUCUCUCGCUCACUUGCUCUCACUCUUGCUCUCCUUCUCUAUCCUUUUGCGUAAAUGUGAAUACUACUGUAAAAAAAAAAGAGACAUUUUAAAGUAUCAGAAGGAAUUGGGUGUGUCCUGCAGAAUUCCGUUCCCAGCUCUGACAGUUGAGGUAACUGUGUGUUACACAGAGGGCUUGUGACUCGGAGAGACUGACCUGAGGGGCUGAUGUCACCCAAACACUGGUGCAAAGUAGGUGCUCACUGCUCCAUGUGCUCUCAACCAUCUCUGGUCUGGUCAGCUGGGGAAUUGCACUGUCACUGGAGCCAUAGAGCCCCCUGCUGGUGACUGAAGGAUGUAUAUUAGUCUCAUGGACCUGUUGCUUUUUGUUGUGUUCUUGCUAAACAGCAAGUAAUAGACCAAGUAAGGUGUCAGUCAUCUUAUGGUGGUGGAUAACUGCCUUUGUCCCUUUCUCCUCAGCUCUUCUUUUGAGGGAAUGAUGGCAAACAAAGCGGAAAACAAAAUGUGGUUCCAGUAUCUUUAAAGUGACAUGUCUGCCAGACUAUCUCUUGAUGAAGAAUGCUCUGGGUAAAAGUAACCUGUAGGCGCAGAUCUAGGAUCAGUCUUCCUGUCCCGGUCCCAACCCUAAUCAUUCUAGGGCAAAAACCUACAUUACCUAAGAGCUGUGUCUGGGACAGUUUAUUCCUAUUCAUUAUUAAAUGAAUAAUCUUGGUGACUGAAGGAAACCAUAUUUAUCGUUCUACUUCGUUUGACAGGAAGCCAGGCUGAAAGAUGUCCUUUUAGUGGUAAACCAAUCAGACUUUGGCCUCGACUUUGCUUACCUGAAGGGAUAUUUCUAUAUUGAUGAUAUUAUUACUACUAUGACAAUGAUCUAUGAAGGUGAAUUAAUUUAUUUGAAAUAAAUCCUUAAUUUGUACAAGAGGUUAAAAGUCAGAAUUUGUAUUUUAUAUUCUGUGAAGACUUUAUACUACGGUAGUUGAUAUGUGCCUGCACCUGCUCUUUUUGUUCCGAAAAUGAAUCAUUGUUUUCACAGUGCGGCUUGGCGUUCCAUGUUCUCUUGUCUGCUGGUUGGUUCAGAUAGAGGUUGGCUCCAACUGCUGGUCCAGUCUGUUUUUGGAUGACCUUUCCUAGACAGUCAAAGUUAAAAUGAGAGAUGUCAGAACAGUCCUUGAAGCUAGAACCCUUAAUUGAAACAUUAAGUUGAACCUGCUUCUGUUUUGGUAAAAAAUAAUAAUAAUAUAAGGCAGAGAUUGGCCUGAAGAAAUGUAACCACUCUCAAAUUCACAGUGGACUGACCAUCCAAUAUAUCAAAAUGAUAGAUGUAACCAAGGCUAUACAGAGUUUGUUUACUAACAUUGGAGUAAAACCAGCUUAUUUGGGUUCUGAGGGGGUAUGACUGUUGAACCAAGUUCAAUGAGAUGAUAUUAUUCACGAAUCAAUGGGUGUGUAUUUAUAAUUCCAAAAAUGGAUGAAGCAAGUUUAAGCCAGAGAUGCUGACCGAGGCUUGUGCUAGAUCAGACCCAAGUGCCUUUAAAAUCCUGCUCAUCCGAGAUGAAGCAGAACUUCCUGAAUGGCUCUGUUCCAAACCCUUCACUCCCUCCCUUUCCUUUACCCUACAUAGGGGGGUGUUGACUCGCCCUUGGAGGUUUUAAAUGCUAUAGGUCCUUACAGAAUACAUGAUACUUGCUUGACAGAUGGCUACACGGGUAGUGGUUCCACCAUUUAUUUUAUACAUUUAUUUAACUAGGCAAGUCAGUUAAGAACAAAUUCUUAUUUUUAAUGACUGCCUAAGAACAGUGGGCUAACUGCGUUGUUCAGGGGCAGAACGACAGAUUUGUACCUUGUCAGCUCGGGGAUUUGAACUUGCAACCUUUCGGUUACUUUGUCCAACAUUCUAACCACUAGGCUACGCUGCCGGCCCCGCACCAUAAAUAACCACCAAUUAUACAGUGUGCCCCAUGUUUACCGUCAACAAUGGGGAAUAUAUAUUUUGGGGACAUUAUUAAAUUGUAUUUUCUGUAAAUUGACGAUCAAAUGCUAUUUAGAAAGUUGCACUGAAUUUGUUUAAUGUUCUAUACUUGUUUUUGUUGGUGUGCUCUCAUUUACCAUCUCCAAUUGAUGUCAUUUCACACUUCUGACAUCCUAACCCAUUAGAACUCAGUUCUAACCCAUGUGAUGCCUGAAUCUGUCCAAUCUGAGACUGCUGGUAGUUAGUUGUUGGACAGGAUGUCGACUGCUGUACUUUUUCUGUGCCGUCUUGUUGCAGAGGGCUGCAUGCAGACAGCCAGGCUCCACUUGGAGUGGUGCCUUAUUCACUCUGUAGAUAUACAGAAAAGCACAUUGCAUUGUCUAAAUGCCCUACAUGCUCGUUGCCUCAUUUCAGGAUAGGUCAAAACUGGUUUCCAUGAGAUGUUUAUACAGAAAUCCAUCCACGUUUGAGAAGAUAGUGAUCGGUUUAUUUGAGGGUGCUAUUUUAAAUGUCAGAUGUGCAUGCACACACACGUCCAAUUCUAAAUAGCCCCCUAGCCCCAACCCCUCAGCACUUAAUGUUGAUCUAGAAGGGUUGGACAGCUAUAAGGAACAAAUCUCAUCUACACUAUAAGAGAGCAGGGUGGUGCUAUUGCGAAAUCCUACCCAAUCUUUUUUUUUUUUGUCCAUGCUAGGUUACAGACUAGGGGUCGAUACAGCCCCACAGUGGAGGUGUCAUACUACCCAUAAAACCUAGCUGUCAAACAGGGAAAUAGUUCCAAAUGUUUUCCUACCUUAAUUCUCCCCAUAGGGGAUUCUAGAAACACUUAAAGGGUUGUGUUUCGUUGUAGGCUUACCCUGGUGUGAUAUUUUGAUAGCCAUGUAAAUUCCUCUCGUCCAAUGAUUUUUUUUCAAUGUAUUUAGGCUCGAUUUACUUUGAAAUUUGAAAAUAAUUAGCGUCAAAACAGACAUCACACAAAACUACAAAUCCCUGCAAGCUUCCUGCAUGUCAUCUCUAGCUGAUACCCUUUGCUAAGAGGUGUUGUGUAAAUGUCAAACUUGCACAAGACCGUUCAGAGUUGUCCAUUUUAAAGAAAUUAAUCAAAUUUAUUCAUUACUACAUUUAGCUAACAUUAGUUAAUCCAGAGAGCCUUACCUUUGACUCGAGUCUCUUCCAGAUCAUGGCAUUUGUAACUCUUUAUGUUGGCUACAUUAGCAGCUAAUUAGCGUUUCAAUUUUGGGGGUAAACAUACAAGCAAAUAUAUUGAUAUGUCACCUUGUCCUAGAGAUAUUUACACUGUUAUCAAAAUGUCAUGUCAGGGUAAGCCUACACAGCCCUUAGUGUUUCUAAAAUCCCCUAUGGGGAAAAAUCAUUGGAGCAAUUUCCAUGUUUGACUGCUAGUUUUUAUGGCUAUUAUGACUCAUACUGUGGUACUUUUGGGAUUUGGGCAAAACUUUCAAAAGCUGCACACCUUGUACCACGUUUGCUUGUUUGUAAAUGUUUGUUAUUGAUGGUGUGAUUUGAUUGGUCAACCAAUCCCCUUUGCAUGGAGCUGGCCCUUCCCCUGAGCCCCCUGGUCAAACCAGAUCCUUGCUCACACCUGGGGCUCAUGUAAAGAGUGCAACAUUCUAAAACCUUCAGAUAGAAAUGUAUUAUUUAGAUCUGAUACUCUAGAACUGCAAAUCUAUAUGCCAGAUCUAUACAUUACUUUGCCAGAGCUUUGCAGAUAAAUGUAUUUGCGACUUCCUGUAUGAACUCGUGCCAUUCAUGUGGAGGAUGGCUGGGGCAGAGGGGAACGCAAACUGUGGGUGUGCCUCAGUAGUUUAAAUUGGGUUCCUUUCAUCUUUGUAUUUUGCCCUUCAUCCACGCUUAUCGAAGACUGUAUAUAAAAGCAAUAUGGAGGAUGCCUGCCUAGACCCUAGGAGUGGAUGAAGGAUAGACUAUUGAGACAGCCAGGCUCUCCCACCCCUGCCUGUCUCCACCUACUCCCCAUCAGUCCAUGUGCCUUCAUGUACAUUAGUAUGUCUGCCUCUGCUUUUGACAUGGAUGUACAUUCUCAUCGUUUUAAAUAAAUCAAAUUUGUUGAAACAA